CGGCUGCGCAGGCGCCGCGGUCCGGGCAGUUGUGGCCGCGCCGGGAAGUUGUGCUGGGAGUGCCGCGAGUGCCGAGCCGAGCCCGCCGCCGACCCCGCCAUGUCGGGCUCCUCCAACGUGGCGGCCAUGAAGAAGGUGGUGCAGCAGCUGCGCCUGGAGGCGAGUGUGACCCGCGUGAAGGUUUCUCAAGCUGCAGCUGACUUGAAGCAAUUCUGCCUGCAGAAUGCACAACAUGAUCCCCUACUGACGGGAGUAUCAUCAAGUACAAAUCCAUUCAGACCCCAGAAAGUUUGUUCAUUUUUGUAAUUAUAUGAACUACUUCAGUAUCUUUCAGUGAUCUUUUAGCAUCUUUUCCUACCCACUGAUGUGUGUAUGGGCAGAGUGCCUCAAGGAGUGGCCUGGUUUGAAGUCUGUAAAAAAGCUUAGCUUUAACGUGCCAAAUCUAACUCUAAAAGUGCUACUGUCGUCAAACUUCUCACCAUCUACCUCUCCAGAUGAACUGUACGCUAGUUACGUAUUUCUGUUUCACGUGGGAAUCAGUUUUAUAUGCCAAGCAGAAAAUAAAGUGUCUUGAUUUAGUCUGGUCUUGAAA